GCAUCCCCUCCCCCCAGGAGGCUGCAAGUAGGGGAGUGGUGGGAGGGGCCGACUGGCAGUGCAUUCAUGGAAAUCAGCCUGCGAGGAGCAGAGCAGCACACACUCCAAGUGUCAGCCGGGAGGCAGCUCUGCACAGCCAUCUCGCCAUCUCUGCCCACGCCAGCCUUCCUCACCGGGAGUCGGCUCCCCUUCCACCCUUGAGUUUCUGCUCUGCUUUUGUUUCCUCCGGCUGCCUCCUCUACCCUGGCUGUGCUGGCACACAUGUGCUUGCUCUGUCCUUCCCUCCACCUGGGGCUGUGGGAGCACCCAGGAGCUUGGAACUGUGGGGUGGCGGUGCUGGUCCACCAUGGCCUCUGAAGCGGAGAGCUGCAAGCUGCCCAGGCUUUGACGUUGCUGCCCAGGGGCUGCCAGGACACUGGGGCCGCAGCAGAGGGGACUCGCCUUGUUCCCAGUGACCUGACUGCAGAGGAGCGUCAGGAACUGGAGAACAUCCGGCGGAGAAAGCAGGAGCUGCUAGCUGACAUCCAGAGGCUGAAGGAUGAGAUAGCAGAAGUAGCUAAUGAAAUUGAAAACCUGGGAUCCACAGAGGAGAGGAAAAACAUGCAGAGGAACAAACAGGUAGCCAUGGGCAGGAAAAAAUUUAACAUGGACCCUAAAAAGGGAAUCCAGUUCUUAAUAGAGAGUGAUCUGCUGAAGAACACCUGUGAAGACAUCGCGCAAUUCUUAUAUAAAGGUGAAGGGCUCAACAAGACAGCCAUUGGUGACUACCUGGGGGAGAGAGAUGAGUUUAAUAUCCAGGUUCUUCAUGCAUUUGUAGAGUUACAUGAGUUCACUGAUCUCAACCUUGUUCAGGCAUUGCGGCAGUUCCUGUGGAGCUUCCGGCUGCCGGGGGAGGCCCAGAAGAUUGACCGGAUGAUGGAGGCAUUUGCCCAGCGGUACUGUCAGUGCAACAGCGGGGUCUUCCAGUCCACAGACACUUGCUAUGUCCUCUCAUUUGCCAUCAUCAUGUUGAACACCAGCCUGCACAACCCCAAUGUCAAGGAUAAGCCCACCGUGGAGAGGUUCAUUGCCAUGAAUCGAGGCAUCAACGAUGGGGGGGACUUGCCUGAGGAGCUUCUCCGGAAUCUGUAUGAAAGCAUAAAAAAUGAGCCCUUUAAAAUCCCAGAAGAUGAUGGGAAUGACCUUACUCACACUUUCUUCAAUCCAGACCGAGAAGGCUGGCUAUUAAAACUCGGAGGUGGCAGGGUAAAGACUUGGAAAAGACGCUGGUUCAUCCUGACCGACAACUGCCUGUACUACUUCGAAUACACGACGGAUAAGGAGCCCCGUGGAAUUAUCCCUUUAGAGAAUCUGAGUAUCCGGGAGGUGGAGGACUCCAAAAAGCCAAACUGCUUUGAGCUUUAUAUCCCUGACAAUAAAGACCAAGUGAUCAAGGCCUGUAAGACGGAGGCUGACGGCCGCGUGGUGGAAGGGAACCACACCGUGUACCGGAUCUCCGCCCCAACGCCCGAGGAGAAGGAGGAGUGGAUGAAGUGUAUCAAAGCAGCCAUAAGCAGGGACCCUUUCUACGAGAUGUUGGCAGCACGGAAGAAGAAGGUCUCCUCCACGAAGAGGCACUGAGUCUGCACGGCGAGCGGGGCCGGCGUGCGGGGCGCCUGAAGCCCAGGUUCUUCCCCCGUCCUUCCCGCAGACCGGGAGGGGGCCGCCCCGCAGGAGUGUCUUCUUGCCGGGCCUCACCCUGAAUUUCUAGGGACUGGCUUCAGCUUUUGCUACUUUUUUUUUCAAGUGGGAGAAGGGUAGGCAAUUACCACUGGGGAAGCGGGACCUGGUGCCUAUCAAGCAUGGGGUUUUGAGCCGUUCUUUCACAAAAGAUCAGAGCUCCUGUCAGCAAAGCAGCCUCCUCACAAGCCUCUCCGCUCAGCGGGUCUAAUAACAGAGCUCAGAGCCGACUGUUUACCUCGCGGUUGUUAUUUCCCUGUGAAGAAGCCUUCAACCCUGCACCCUAAAUACAUGUAUCGGUAUAUUAUUAUAUGUUAAGAAAAAGGUGGAAUGGAAAAGAAGCCACGUAUUAUAAAGAUAUAUUUUUGAUUUUUUUUUUUAAAGGAUAAAGUAGAGCUGUUCAGAUGCCUUCUGCCCUGCCUGGUUUGGGAAACUUCUCCCUGGAGAAGAAGCUCCCUGGGAGCUGCUAAGGGCUGUCAGCCCUGGGCCCAGGGCAGGGGCAGGCCCUCCUCUUUUGCAUUUCGGAAGCUGGUUUGAGCUUGCUUCUUGGCAGCUUUUCUGGGCUGGAAGAGGGGUGUUGGAGAGGGCGGAGGAAACCGCAGAUGCGGCAAGGCCUCCAGAUUUGACUCAGACCCUGGGAUCGGCCGCUCCUCGGGUCCGCGGCGGGCUGCCCCGGCUCGUGCUUUUCCAUUCUGAGCGCCCCGGGAGCACUGAGGUAGGCAGAGAAUCAGCUGGACGCCCGCGCUGUUCUUCUUUUUCAGAAUUCAUUCUUGUUGGGCUUUAAAAUAGAAAGUCAGCAUUUUUCCUUGAGCUAAAUGCCUAAUAACCAAAACUGUGAGGAAGGUAAUCCCAACAGAGAUUUUGGGAUGACCUGUUUCUUAUUUGGUUUUUCUUUCCCCCACCCAAACUCCAAUCCUCGUUUUAGAGGAAGGAGUGGGUCUUAACCCAGUCACCUUAGGGCUCCAGCUUUUCUGCCUCAGAACUGGCCCUUAGCCGGACUGCUCUUGAUGCGUUGUGCGGAGGGCCCACCAGAGGGGAGGUGGGCCUUCGCCUGCUCGGCAGGGGCGGGUGGAGGAGCAGGGAAGCGGGUGGCCUCAUACCCUUUUUUCCCUUACAACCUCUGUGAGCUGGCCUCGCCCCUCCUCAUCUGUGCUGUGAGGGGAGCCGCGACGCGCAGCAUUCUCCUGCCGUUCUCUCAGGGACUCUCGGGCAGCUCCUGCCACGCGGCCAGGGCCCAGCGCCAGUGCAGGCAGAGCAGGGGCUGCCCGGGCCAUCUCGGCACAUCCCCCACACCUCCCAGGGCCGGGGGGCAGAGCGCUGCCUUUGUGAGGAGGGCGGAAGAGCCGUCGGUCUCCCUGGGCCGUGCGACCUGGCUCCUCCGACACCUUAGGGCAGGCUCGCGUCUCUGAAGAAGCUUUUGUACAAGGGACUGCAGGGAGGACUGUCGGGGUGCUUUCUGGGGUCACCCUUCAUGUACGUCCUACCUGGGGUGGCUUCAGGCAGUUUUACGCAGGAGCUUGUGAAGGUGUGGAUAUGGGUUCAGGCUGGCAACCGAAGCCAGAGUCCAGUGGUCCCGGGCCAGGGCCAGCGCCCCCUGCCGGCCAAGUCCCUUGUACUGGUUCUCACAGAUGUUACCUAGAGAGGCACCUGGAUCAGUGUUAGUCUAUUUAUCAGAGGUGUAAAUAAUCCGUGUAUAGUUUUUCUCCUUUUAGAUUAUUUUGUAUUUGUUUAAAAAAAGUUUUGUCAAAAUAUAAAAAUAAAGAAAUGACUGAAAGUU